AUGGCGCAAAUCUCCGAAGAAAGCAUGCGCGAGGCCAUCACCGAGCGCCUCGGAGCCGUCCACGUUACCGUCACAGACAUGUCCGGCGGCUGCGGUCAGGCCUUCACCUCGGUCAUCGUCUCGCCCCAGUUCCAGGGUCUCAACUCGCUCAAGCGCCACCGCCUGGUCAACGCGGCUCUCAAGGACGAGAUCGCCGCCAUUCACGCCUGGACCGCAAAGUGCCAGACCCCCGACGAGUACGAGCGCGACAAGGCGAAGAAGUCCGAGCUGACAGACAUGGUCAUGGGAUGA